CCGGGCCGAAAGGCGCCUGGCGCUGAGCUGACAGCGCACAGCACGCGCCGCGUCCCACGCGGCCCCACAGCUCCCUUGCGCCGCACAGCGCAUGCGCGCCCCGCCCCGCGCACGCGCAGUACAGUCGCUGCGCGCGGCCUGCCGCUUCUCCGCGGUCCCGCAGCUCCCGCCGCGGCUCUCGGCUCCCGCGGCAAAGAGAGGCUGUGCGGAAGGGCUGUGGGAGCGCUCAGCCUCCUCUGCCCCGCUUUGUUUUUGUUUUCCUCGACCCCCUCCUCCCUUUUCUCGCAGCUUUCCCGAAGAGCGCUGCCUGCCCGCAGGUUUGUUUUCAACGGGAAGCGCUGCGCGGCCCCGCCCCGCCUGCCUCUUCCUCACGGCAACGCCGCGCCUCUUCCACGCCCAUUGGCGUCCCCGCCCUCCGCCCCUCCCCCGGCUGUAUGUUACGCCCCUCCCGCACCAUUGGCUCCUUCCCCGCUCUCAUUUGCAUAGCGCCCACCAGGCCAAUCGGCGCCAGCUAGCUGCUUAACAUGCAAGAAGCGAGCCAAUUGGCGCGCGAGGGGGCCGGGCCACCACGUGCUGUUGCUAAGCUUCGGCUUCUAAAUUGUUACUAUAGUGGCCAGCCAAUGGGAGGCGAGAUGGGGAUCUGUCAACAUUCCCUGCCCCAGCCAGAGGAAAAGGGAGGGGGGCUCUGGCCGCCGGUUGGCCCCAUGGAGGCGCCUCGUCCCGCCCCCUCACUGAACCCCGUUUUCCUAUUGGCCGCGAGGGCUGCCUGUCGGCUGUGUGUCAAUCGUUCCUGCAAAGGAGGAAAAAAAUGCAUGGAAAAAAUAUAUUGCCACUAAUGCUGACUUUGUCCCUAGAAGCAGAACAUGGCUAUGCAUCAGUGUUACCCUUCGAUAGUGACUAUUCCAGAAAGAAAACAAAGGCAGGCUCCAUGGCCAGAAAGUCCCCGAAUAACAGGUCCUCACACAACGAACUAGAAAAACAUAGACGGGCUAAACUCCGGCUAUAUUUGGAACAGCUAAAACAGCUUGUGCCUCUUGGGCCGGACAGCACCAGACACACCACUCUAAGUCUGUUGAAAAGAGCUAAGAUGCAUAUCAAGAAAUUGGAAGAACAGGACCGAAAAGCUCUGAAUAUUAAAGAACAAUUACAGCGGGAACACCGCUACCUCAAACGCAGGUUGGAGCAGCUAUCCGUGCAGGGCAUGGAGCGCAUCCGCACUGACAGUAUGGGAUCAACAAUAUCCACUGACUCUGAACAAGAAGUAGACAUUGAAGGAAUGGAGUUUACACCCGGUGAAAUGGACAGUAUUGGAAGUGCCAGUGAUGCUGAAGACCACUACAGUUUGCAAAGCGGCUCGAGCGAUGGAGGUUACACACAUUCCCGCAGACUGAAUGCCAGGCUCUCAUAGUGCCUGAGUUACCAGUUCAACUCAGGACCAUCUGACUGAAGCACUUAUAUAUGAAUAUUCCAGAGGUGUCAACUGCCACUCUUCCGGGAAACCCCAACCACAGUACUCUGACAUGGAGGUUUCUUACCCACGGUUCCCUGCACUGUAACCACAAUAUUAGAUAUUGUAAAUCAUGGGUUUGCUGCAGAGAACUGUGGUUAGGUACAGUUGUGACUUAAAGCUAGCUUGAUGUAGCUCUACUGCAAAUUAAAGAAAAGAAAUUGUCAUUCCAUUCAAGAAGUAUUAAAUUCAAACUGUUGGAAGCAUGGCAUAAGGAAGUUUGACAAUUAUUUUGAUUUUGCAGAAACCAUUUUCAAACAUGGAAGAAUGAACAGAAACUACCAUGCGUUAGUGAUUCAGAGAUACAAAAACCUAAAACUACUUUUUGUGGUAUUUUUACAUGGAAAAAAAAGAAAAUUGAACCCUGUAUAGCAGGCUCUGUUGUAUCAAUUCUUUCAGCAGUUGUUUGGGUAAAGCAGGCGGAUAAAUCUUCAAAUUGCAGAUGAUCUUUAGAAAAGGUCAUAUUUACAAGUCACUACUGUACUUCAAAACGGGGGAAAAGCCAGCUCUAGUAAUGACUUCAUGUGGGAUGAUCUCAACUUUCUUCUGCUUUUUUGUAUUCAGUAUCCAACCAGCAGCAAAUCAUUCCAUCCAUGUUAACAGGAGGAGUAGGAUGCAGCACUGCAGUUUGGACCUGUUACUGUGGAAUGGAUGACAUUGAAGCAUUUCAGUGUUUUUGGUGGUUUUUUUUUCAUUUCUUUGCCUGAAAAAUACAGAACUCACGUGAUCCAGAUUGUGAUAGCUAAUCUUUCCUUGCAGGGAAAUGAAAUUUCUGUUUGCUUGUAUUUUUUUUCUUUUUACACAUGUCAAUACAUUUUUAUGGAAGGCAUGGCUUAAAAAUACAGUAUUCAGCUAGAAGAUAAUUAAUCCUUUUUUCUUUUGCACACUAUAAUUGCAUUUUCUAUUCUUAAAAAAGUGCAAAAAAUUUAAAUGUAUGCUGUAAAACAGCAAAGUUUAUUUAGUACUCAUCAAGCUGUUCAGAACAUAUUUACCCAAAUUAUAGCAAUACUAUGAAGAUGUAUUUUAAUACAACUUCUGCUUAGUGAAGUCAUUAGAGCUUGGCUUGCCGGGUAAGAAAAAACGGACCAGUCUUUGCAUUACCUGUUUAAAGAAGGUCUUUUAAAAAAAAAAAAAAAAAAGAAAAAAAAAAAAAGAAAGAAAAAAAAGAAAAAAAAAGAGAAAAAAGCUAUAAACACUUUUAGGGAAGUGAUUUUAGCAAGUGUAGUCUAUAUUUCCUGUAAGAGAUUUUGUAUUAUAUUUUCCUAAAUGUUCUCAUUUACUUGUAUAGGGAGGGGAAUGGUACAGACCCAGACCAGAGUCUCAGGGACUCUUCACCUUUGUCAUAUUGUGCCUUGGUGACCAUUUAUGUAUGCCUCUCCUUUUCAUUGUUUAAAGGACAACUAAGCUUUGUUUCCAGACCCUCCAUUGAAUGGUCAGUUGUCCACCUUCCUACCGAUGAAGUAGAGAGGUGUGUUUAUAUCUUUACCCUCUCACAACUGAUUCAGUGUGGCUUUAAGUAAAAUCCUAAAUUUAGGUUUCGGUGCGAGGGUUAAUUGUAUAAGCCCUCCUUUUGAUUCUUCAGCACCCAAAUCUAUAUUUUGUUAGCUUAUAAAGUCAGGGUCUCCGUGAGACCAGUGCUCAGUGGCUAGGGAAACACAAAUGUACUGUGUAAGGCUAUGGGAUGUCCAAGUGUGGUGCCAUUUUUAGCAUUCAGAUACAAGACCUCAUGACACGCUGACCAUAAUGAUCAAAAACAAAGAUUCAGUUGUUCUUUCAACAUCUGACAUACGUGUCCUCCCUUUGGCUCUUACAACACCGAGUAGAAAUACGAAUACAUUUUGUGGCAGCUUACAGAUCCUUGUUUGCACUCUCGCUUACUGCUUGGAACUUGCCAACAAGGAAAAUGUAUAUGUUUAAUUUACAUAACCUAACGGAUUGCCACCCCUACUUUGGCUCUGGGGAGGGGCAUAAGGUUAUCAACUCUGGCAGCUGAAUAAGAAAACAAUUAACCUUUUCUGUGAUGCAGGUUUUGGUAUUAUGUUGUACACACCUUGCAUUUUACUAAAAUCCUCGUUGUUGGGGAAAGCACACAGCAAUAUACUCAUUGUGUGUAGCUGACAAGCAGCAGAAAUUACUAGCUCCUUUGGUGCAUAUGUAACUAAUUUCCAAAUCAUGGAAAAAAAAACAAAAAAAAAAAACUAAGAGUUUACUUUAACAUACGACUGUUAACAGGAAAAAAAAACAGGCUAGUAUAUUGUUGCUGUUCAUUUAUUCUAUAAUGAACACACUCAUGAAUUGUAAAGUGUUUCCUUUUGUGACAAGCAGCUCUUGCACAGAACCUCCUAAUGAAAAGAGAUUUGAAACUUAGAGAAGGAAAGACAAGAUUUUAAAUUGAACAUUAUUGUACCUUAGGUCAACCUGAAAUUUUCCUUUUAAAAAUGAAUGUGCUAACUUAAUGAGUUCUUCCACGCUGGGUAUCCAUGGCUUUGUAGAUCUUAUAUUUUCAAUAAAAAUUACUCGAAUAA